CAGAGCGAAGCUCUCACAGUUUAGUUUCUCUAUCAACUCUUGGUGGUGGUCUGGCAGCAGCGGAGCUGUGGUGGUUAGCUAUGGCGGCCCUUAUCCUCUCCAACUCCGUCAUCUCACCCACCUCCUCCCUCAAUGCCCUCACCAGGACCACCCUGCCACAGCGUCUCACCCCCUGUCCACCAUGUUGUUUGGUUCCGUCUGGCACCACCAGGAGCUUGCCGAGAGUGCGAGCUGCCAAGAAAGGCGAUGAAGAGAAGCCUUCGUUCUCGUUAGGAGACCAGUUGCUUGACUACAUUGAAGGCGGUCCCAAACUUAGGAAAUGGUAUGGUGCUCCGGACCAACUGCCGAGGGAUGGCGGUGAAGGCCCAUCAAAUGAGGACGAGGAAGAGCCUGUCGAAGAGGAGGAAGAAGGUCCCCGAGACGCUGUGCUGGUCACGGAUGCUGAUAGCGAGACUGGCCAGCUUCUGGUGCUCCAACUGAUAUUGAAAAGAAUUCGUGUUCGGGCGUUAGUGCGAGAUGCAAAAGCUGCGACAGCUGCGUUUGGUCCGUAUGUUGAGCCUGUUGUAGGAGACGUGACAGAUGCAACAAGCUUGAAGAAAGCUUUGCGAGGGGUCCGAGCUGUGGUUAUCCCAACAAAAGUAGGAGCAGUGGCAGACUCAACAGUGCUUAAAGGAGUAGAGCACAUCGUCUUCAUGUCCCAGUUGGCUGCAUACAGGAACGAGGGUGGACUAGCAGCGCUGUUUAAAGGGGGCGCUCGACGACAGGCAGAAUUGGAUGAGGCAGCUGUUGCAAGCACUGGAAUUCCUUACACGAUUGUGCGGCCCGGAGCUCUUCGCGAUGAACCCGGUGGUCAGCAGGGCUUCCAAUUCGCACAGGAUGAACCCAUAACUGGCACCAUCACUCGAGAAGAUGCCGCCACGAUUUGUGUGCGAGCCCUUAGUAAACCACCUCAACAAGCUCUCAUAUUCGAGGUUUCGAACAAAAAGGAGAAAUCUGGAGAUUGGAAAUCUAUUUUUAGCGAGCUGAAGGAAACGUCUAGUUCCUACACAUAGGAACUUUGCUGCUAGUUGUUGCUGGUCUGCUUGUAAACUGUACCAUUGUGAAACCUGAAGGAUAAACUUUCCUUGCAAGUAAAAGAACAUUUUAGCCAAAAGUUGGUGUGUAUUUUUCACAAUAGAGCUGGGAAUGAAAAUGGUGGCUGCAUAUAAAUCAAGAGGUUUAACUGCA